AUGGUGUCGGUGGUGCGCGACGCUCCCAAGUUCGAAGACGCCCUGUCCCAGCUGGCGGCCCUUCACGCACAGGAGCUGGAGACAACGGAGAGGGAGCUGCGCUCGGAGAUCGCGCGCUUGCAGGCCUCCCUCGUGGAGGCGGAAGCUCUCAAGACUGCGGCCACCGAGCCCCGUGUCCUCGCUGCAGUGAUCGAAGACAUCGCUCAAGAUCUGCUCGGCGAACAGCAGGAGGCUUCUGUGAGUGGAGAAGACGCAAGAUCUGCAGGAGCGCUCAAGAUGGCCAAGCAGGUAUCCUUCGGGGCACACGAAGUCAAGCCAGGUCUCCGGGAGUCCACCAACGGCUCCGAUGGCCCGCAAAGAAUGACCACCCGUGAGUUGGCCUCGGCACUGGAAAGCAGCAAAGGCCUGCUUACGUCCAAUAUGAACUCCGAGGCUCUUGCCAAACUGCACAGGAUGCAGCAGGAGAUCAGCAAGAAAGAGAAGGCCAUCGGCGAAAUCUCGUCGCGGGUGCGGAAGGAUUCUGGUGGCAAGUCCCCGACCAGUGUGAUCCAAGAGGUGAGCCUCAAUUGUAUCUUGAGCAGCCGGUCUUUCGGCCUCUUUGUUGCGUCCAUGAUCGUUUUCAACUCGAUCCUUCUGGGCCUCGAUGUCAAGCGGAACCAGUCAGAGCUGGAAACACAGAUCCUACGCGUCCUGGGCGAGGUGUGUAACGGUUUCUUCUUUAUUGAGCUUUGCCUCCGCCUGUGGUGCUACAAAGCCAGUUUCGUGUACGGCGAGGAUUAUGGCUGGAACCUUUUCGAUUCAUUCCUGGUGGUGUCGUCUGUCCUCGAUGUCAUAUUAACCUAUACCGCCGCGGACAUCUCCCCGGCCCUCGCCGCAAGCAUGAAGAUGUUGAAGCUAUUUCGGAUCAUGCGCGUCUUCCGAGUCUUCCGAUUCUUCAGAGAGCUCGGGAACUGGGCGAUGAUGAUCAUCGAUUCCUUGAAGUCGCUGUUCGGGGCAUUGAUCCUCCUCGGUAUCAUUGUCUACGUCUUUGCGGUGAGCCUUUCCAUGAACACUGCAGACUGGCUUCUCCAACAGGAAUCUGCUGGCAUGGUGGAUCGAAUGCUCUACGAGGAUGUAGAGACCUGGUUCGGCUCGCUGGGCUCAACGGUUUAUACAUUAAUGCUGUCGAUCCUUGGGGGCGUCAGCUGGCACAUCGUCUGCGACCUCCUCUUCAGAAUCGACAUCCUGUCAGCGUGCAUGCUCCUGUUUUACAUUAUGUUCACCAUCUUCUCUGUGCUGAACGUGAUCACAGGAGUCUUCGUGGACUCGGCCAUUCAGACGACGAACUCCCAGCGGGACAUUCAGAUCGAGCGAGAGCUCGAGUUGAAGGACUCCUUCCUGAAGUCUCUCAAGGACUUCUUCGAGGCUUUGGACACGGACGGCAACGGCGCGAUCCAUUUGGAUGAGAUCAAGAUCAUGCUGCAGGACCAGACACUCGCCGCCUACUUCGCAGUGCUGGGCUUUGACGAAGUCAAUGCGCACCAAAUCUUCCACCUGCUCGACGACGAUGAGUCCGGCGAGGUGAGCAUACAGGAAUUCCUUGACGGCUGCGCGAAGCUGAAGGGGCAAGCACGAAGCAUCGACGUCCAUGCGAUCAUGCACCAGUGCAGGGCACUCCACCGUGACAUCAGCUUCGUCGGCUCGCAGUUGGGUGUGGACCUGCAUCAGGCAGCCCACGCAAGCCGGCAGUCGCACUGGUUUGGGCGCCAAACACAGACAUCCGUUCUGCAACCAAACUCAAAGCGCUUGAGUGCUGCCGCGUGA